GGCCGGCGGCAGGAGCUGUCCGCGAGCCCUAGUGCUGAAGUAGGUGCGGACGUGCCUGGGUCCCGGCUCCCGGUGCCAGGGCCAGCGAGGACCAUGGCGUUCAUGGUGAAGACUAUGGUGGGCGGCCAGCUGAAAAACCUCACCGGGAGCCUGGGGGCCGGCGAGGACAAGGGGGACGGGGACAAAUCCGCAGCCGAAGCGCAGGGCAUGAGCCGAGAAGAGUACGAGGAGUAUCAGAAGCAACUGGUGGAAGAAAAGAUGGAGCGGGACGCGCAGUUCACCCAGAGGAAGGCAGAGCGGGCCACGCUGCGGAGCCACUUCCGGGAUAAAUACCGGCUGCCCAAGAACGAGACAGAUGAAAGCCAGAUUCAGAUGGCAGGUGGAGACGUGGAGCUGCCCCGAGAGCUGGCCAAGAUGAUUGAGGAGGACACAGAGGAGGAGGAGGAGAGAGCCUCCGUCCUUGGGCAGUUGGCCAGUCUCCCUGGUCUAGACCUCGGCUCAUUCAAGGACAAGGCCCAGGCCACACUGGGGGACCUUAAGCAAUCAGCUGAGAAGUGCUACAUCAUGUGACUACUUCCUCUAGGGCUAAGAGCAUGUCCCAAUGUCCACAGACCCAUACCCCUCUUAGUUCUGUUCCCCCUGUCCCAUGCUAGCUCAGGACCCUUCCCAUUCAUGGUCCAAGUCUGCCUUCUGGUCUCUCUCUCUCCACUGGGAACGAAGUCCCUAUUCCUCACCCUUCUCUUCAGGACCCACCCUCUCUACUAAGCCUGGAAAGGCCUUCUAAGAUUGUAGGAAUAGGCCCAUCCCUCUCUGGCCAUCACCCCAAGUUCUUGUACACAGGAUCACACAUAGAGAGACACACAGAGGGACAUAGAAACUGUGGCAUGUGGAGAGGCAUAUGCCACACCUGCAUCCUGGCGUGCGCAUGCGCGCACACACACACACACACACACACACACACACACACAUGCACACACACAGAGGGCAGACACCCUCAGGAGACAAGAGGCCCAAGUUUGAGCCUCCAAGUUCACUCUCCUUGCAAGCCACUGCUCUUUCUGGGUCUCAUUUCAUCAUCUCUAAAAUGGGGACGGGCUGGAUGAUUUCUAACACUUUCUGUCUUGGCUUCCUUGGCCUUUGGAGCCAACCCCACACAGCUCCUGGGGCAGGACAGCACUUGUAGCCGUAGCCUCAAGUGGCUGCCACUGUACUGUGGGCUCUGGCUCUCAGGAGCUGAGCGAUGCUUUGUGAGGGGCCGGGUGCCAAGGAUGAAGCUGGCACACAAUGGUAGCCCAGGCGGCUCUAGGCCUUUUCUGGACCCAGGCCCAGGAAAUUUCUGUUCUGUUCCCAUAGAACUCUCUCCAGAUUCCAUAGCUGGAUCUCCUCUCUCAGCUCAAUGAAAAAUAAAAAUUUGAAAUGAUGUA